AUGUUGGAAGGUUUGUGGAAGAAUAGGAACGACUUUGUAUGGCAUAAUGAGAAGGAAGAUGCUUCUAAACUUGGUUGGCUAGCAUUCCAUAAGUGGCAAGAGUGGUUUCUGGCCCAAAAUCCUCGGGAAACGCAGAUAGAUAAUGGAGAGUUGGCUCAUUGGAGUCCGCCUUCUUCUGGUUGUUUUAAAUGGUCUGCGUGGGAUAGCUGUACUUUUUUUGUGCUAGAGGCGGAGGCCUUAGCCCUUAAGGAAGCAAUCCAAGCUAGUUCUACGUUCCAUAAUACUCCGUUGAUUUUUGAGAGUGAUUCCCAACAUGUGGUCAAAGCUCUUAGUUCCAGUUCGAAAGGUAGUUCGGAGUUUAUCACUAUUAUUAAUUAUAUUAAGUUGUUACUUUUAAAUUUUCCCAACAUUAAGGUUAAGUUCAUUAAGCGUCAAGCGAAUAUGGUUGCCUAUACCUUAGCCAAGGCGGCCAAUUCUUGGUCUCGUCGCUGUUUAUUUGAUGUAAUUCCUCCUUGUAUUACUUUCCAUUUGAUUAAUGAAAUCAGUUGA